AUGACUGUGCGGGGGAUCAAAUCUAUCACCAAGGCCCAGAAUGGGGUUGGUGCAUUCAUCCUGCAAUGCAAGCGACUAGAAUUCUCAUACUGUGAUUAUGGUGGCAGCUCUCGAGGCAUGCUGACCUUCCUCAAAGAACAGCUUCCCGAUUUCGCCAGAGCCAAUCCCCAGAUCGAAUUCCGCGUUGCGCCACGGCCCAACCAACACCCCGUCAUCAAGGGACACUACAUCAAUGGCGGAAUCAAGGCAGUCUGUGUGCGCAAUUUCGAGCCCAAGGAUAUCAUGGACAAGGUCGAAUAUUUCAAACAAUCCAGCGGCGAGAAACUCAAGAAACAGAGGAAACCAGUCACUAGUGUGAACGAAAGUGUUCGUGGUAUCUGGUCACCGUACCACGGUGAUCUCAAGAUGGUUUAA